AUGGUGUUUGUACCCUUCACUGGUAUAGACAAUCAUCACUGCAAUGUUACAUUUGGUGCAGCAUUAUUGGCGUCGGAAACUGCUGAUACGUAUAUUUGGUUGUUAAGAGUUUUUCUAAAAUCUAUUGGUUCUCAACCAAAAGUUGUGGUCACUAACCAAGAUCCAGUGAUGAAGAAGGCUAUUUCUGUUGUAUUUGUUGACACGAAGCCUCGGUUAUCCAUGUGGCAUGUGAUGCAUAAACUUUCUCUUAAGGUUGGUGUUAGGCUAUGCAAUUCCACCAAUUUUAAAGAACGUAUUUGUGGUGUUGUGUGGACGGAUAUUCUCACACCUGAAGAGGAAUCUUGGAUCCCUGCAUACUAUAGAAUGGAGCAUAUGUCUGGUCUUAUGCGAACGACAUCCAGGUCGGAGAGUGAGAAUCAUUUUUUUGGUCAAGUGUGCAAUUCGAAAGCUACUCUUGUUGAGUUCGUGACGCAUUACGAGACUGCAAUAGAAGCACAACGUCACACACAUCCUGAGCUUAUUGGAGUUGCGGAUUGCAUAAAUCAACGUUACGAAGAUCAGCCUGAUGGGUUUGUUAAGUUUUACGUAGAUGACUUCCAACAGCCCUACAAACAUUCUAUGUAUGGCGUUAUAGAUAUAUUGUUUUUGGCGUUUUUUAGGGAAUUUCCAAAACAAUACAUUCUGAAUAGAUGGCGCAAAGAGGCUUCCCCAAACUGCUCUCCUGAAUUCUCAAUUAGUCGUGAAUAUAUGACCGAGCUUGAUCCUGCUGAGCUAUCCUUAUACAAGGAUCAUGUUCAAUCUUAUAUGAAGAAGGUUCAAGAUAUGCAGAUUGUUGCUCCUCCCGCUAGUUCUAGGGAUAGAUUUGCCGAGAUAACCGAUCAAUAUAAAAACGACAAGAAUCCGAUAAGAGUCCCUGUAGGUUAUAAAUCCAAAGGUUCUGGUUCUCGGAAGCGCCUGAAAUCUAAAGAGGAGAUAGCAAUCGACAAAAAGAAAUCAAAGUCGAAACCCGGGGCCAAAGAAAGACAGUGUCCGAACUGCAAAGCCUAUGGACACUACGCAUCGACAUGCAAACAGGCCGUAAUUAAAAGAAAAUCGACAAGGUCUUCGAGAGCCGGUGAAGAGUAG